UUGUUGACAGUAAACAAGUAAAUGAAAACAGAUCGACCUUUCCAAUUUCUAAUCAACAAUUUCGAUAUAACUGCUAACUUGAAUGGCUUGGAAAUGAAUUUAGCCAAGGGUUUCGUUUCUCAAUAUUAGACCACGCCAAGAGUAUCCUUUUGUAGAAAUUUGCCUAGCAAACGGUACUUAAUUUGCCUAGCCAAUAACCGGUGCGUGUGAAUGUAAAUCAAGCUUUAGAGAUAGCAACAACACCAAACGAUACCCUGGGUACUAGAGCCACAUAAAUUCGUUUGCGGAGUGGAGACAGGAGAGGAGAAGCAAUACAGCGUCUAUCCGAGAAGAAGGACAAUAUAAGGUUAACCUCACCCAUUGUCGUUCUGAUGUCUAAUUGUAUUGUCCAAAUAAUGAUUUCACGUAGAAGUCGGCAGACCGUUGCUUUUUGGUAGUCUUUAUCACAUGUCACAAUGGCAAUGAGCGCAUAUCAGAAUCACAAAGAAAGAUCAUGAACUGUAUCAACCCAGAAUAUUUUAUCACUGGACAGAAGGCAAAUAACGAGGCAGCACGGGUGAAAAAAGCAUUUAAGAAGAAACCUGGCAAAAAGUAACCCAUAUGCUCAAAGCAUUAUGGGUCACUCGGUUAUUGAGGACAGUCCAAGUGAGCAACAAACGAAAGAAAACUCUGAAAAAUGGAGAGUCAAAUGCAGCUGGUUACCCAAAAGAUAUCUGCUGGCAAUCCUAAGCUUUUUGGGAUUUCUAAAUCUCUAUUCAUUACGAGUCAAUCUCAGUGUUGCCUUAGUUGCCAUGGUUUCAAAUAAAACGAUAACCAACUCUUCUGGCUAUGUUGUUUGUACAGAGCCAGCAGACUUUUCUUGGAACACAAAAGAACAAGGUAUCAUCCUGAGCUCUUUCUUUUAUGGUUACAUCUUCACCCCAAUACCUUCUGGAUAUCUUGCAGCCCGUUUUGGUGGGAAAAACCUUUUUGGUGGAGGUAUUCUAAUGACAGGACUGUUUACAUUACUAACACCAUUAGCAGCAAGAAUGAGUAUUAAGUUUCUCAUAGCUGUUAGAGUGUUGCAAGGAUUAUCUCAGGGCAUCGCUUUUCCAUGCAUGCAUGCGAUUUGGAGCAAAUGGGCUCCACCAAUUGAAAGAAGCAGGCUGUCAACGAUAUCUUUUUCAGGACCAUUUGCUGGAAUAGUUCUUGGAAUGACAUUGUCAGGAGCGAUAGCUUAUAACCAAGGAUGGCCCGCUGUUUUCUACUUCUCUGGCCUUCUUGCAAUUAUUUGGAGUGUUUUUUGGUUUUGGAUGGUUACUGAUUCCCCUUUCGAUCACCCCACGAUUACAGAUAAGGAACUUGCUUAUCUCAAACAGGAAUUAUCAGACGAUAAGACCGAGUCAAAAUUAACAACGGUCCCGUGGAAAGAUUUGCUCUCAUCUGGUCCUGUGUGGGCAAUUAUGAUCGCGCAUUUUACAGGGAACUGGGGCAAUUUCAUACUACUUACGUCACUUCCGACUUAUCUCAAGCUGGUGCUAAAGUUUGAUCUACAAAAGGCAGGGUUUCUGUCCGCUCUUCCCUACCUGAUAAUGACCAUAAUGAUUCAGAUAGGGGGACAGCUUGCAGAUUUUCUACGGUCUUCGGGAAGAAUGUCAACCACUACUGUUAGAAAGCUUUUUACUGCAAUAGGGUUCAUGGGCCAAGGUGUUUUUCUGAUAGUCGUUGGGUAUAGUACAAGCAAAUACAUGGUCAUUUCUGCUUUAGUCAUGUCGGUCGGAUUGGGUGGCCUUGCAUGGUGUGGUUUCAUUGUCAACCAUCUCGAUAUAGCACCGCGCUAUGCAAGCCUCAUUUUUGGAAUGAGCAACACUUUCGCUACCAUUCCAGGAAUUGUCAGUCCUCUUGUUGUUGGAUUCGUCACUACACACGAGACUAGAGAAGAAUGGCUAAUAAUAUUCAUCCUGUCAGCGGCAGUUUGCGGGUUCGGAACCCUGGUUUUCUUGAUUUUUGCCUCCGGUAAGAAGCAGCUGUGGGCAGAUCCGUAUGGGCACCAAAGAAUUUCUGAAGACAACGAUGAUAAAGACAUGUUGAUGAAAGAGAGUGAGAAAGGCACCCCAUCGGCUACCAAUGAAACUUUUGAGAAGAAGGAAGCAGAAACUCUCAUGCCAGGUGGUGCUGCCUGUUAUGGGUCAGUUGUGAGAGACACAUCUCAAGUCUAAUUCUUUAUGUAAACUUGUACUUUCCAGACAGCUUUAUCUGAAAUUGCUUGUUCCCAUUUCCAAUGAGUUGCAGUUUUUUCCAAACUCUCUAUCAACGUAGUAUACAAAUUGUCCUUCUGGGGCCCUUCUGCUUGUGACAAGGCUGCUCUAGUAAACUUGUCAAGUGGCAUGUUAGCGAGUUCAGAAACAUCGAAAGACCUUCUUGGCGCAGAAGAGUAUGCUCAGCGUUGCCUACUCUAUCUAGAAAUGAAAGGUAUUUCAAAUUGAAUAGUGAUUCUUUUCAAAUAUUUAGGUAUAAUAUUGUAAAUAGGUUUUAUCCCUUUAAAAUGGCUAGGAAUGGGGGAUGAAUACAGAAUGCAAAUUAACAAACGGCAAUAUAAUCAUCCUGGUCCUAGUUUUUUUCUCAGAACCAAUAAACCGAAUUUCAGGCUGCUCUGAAAUUUUUUCGAAAUUAUUCGAUGUAGGCAGUGCAAUUGCUAGCUAGUGUUCCCUAGAGGAAUGUUCAGACCUUAUUUGUCAACAAAGUGAAUGAGAACUCCCUUAUUUGCCAAUAAGUUUUUGACAUGAAAUAUUUAAGGAGAUUUCACGACUUUGCUAAAACUUGUAUUUUACAGUAGCUCAGACUCAUCUUGUUCUUUAACGCUCUUAAUAAUUGACCAGUUUUGAGGCUCUUGUUCUUAUGAAAUUGUUCUUAUAAAAAAGGGUGUAGUCCAUUUUCAAUUUGCAAAACGCUUCCGUCUCAUCGGUCAGUGCGAAAACAUUUUGGUUAAAGAGGUGAGCGAAAACUCAAGAAAAAUGCUAAUAGAAUGAAAUGCGUUCAUUUCAAGAAAUUUAUGGUUCCAUUGAACCCUUGUUUGGUUGGAGGGUUAUCCCACUAAAACCCCACCUGGAAUAGGGGCGUAAUUGCGAAAAAUGGCUUUAACAUGGUUGCAGCUAAAUUGAUGUAUAAGCAUAACUAUAACAUUCUUAAUACACACGUAACUGUCUUAAGUGUUUCGUUGACCCCUUCUUCAUUUCUCUAAAAGUGCAACAUGCUCACGACCCUGAACCACCUACCCCCUUGCUUCAAUGGCGAUUCUUUACUUCUUUACUCCUUUAUUAUAACGUUUAGCCGUGAUUAAUUUGUAUCAAGUAGCAUUAUAUGCCACAAAUUAUCGGAAUUAAAUUUCUAUAAGCUAUUUGCAUGCAACCUUUUUGUCCAGCUAGUAAUUUUUAUGAAAUAAACUUCUUUGGUAA